AUUAUUGAAUUAAUUAUUAUUAUUGAAUUAUUGAAUUCUUUUUGGUUUAAAGAUGGUAAAUUCAGAUGUCAUAAAAAGAUUGACUUGGCAAUAUUGGUGGACUGCUCAGCGAGUGUCACAGAAGACCAGUUUGCUGCGUCCAAGGAAUUUGCUUCGAAACUCGUAAAACACUUCGAUAUUUCAAAGAAGAGGGCAAACGUGGCUGCUAUCUCAUUCAGCCAGUACGUUCACACGAAAAAGGAUUUUAAAGAUGAUACGUCCCGGGAAUCUGUCUUGAAGGCGAUAGAUGGACUCUUCUAUGAAGGAUCCUUGACUAGACUGGAUUUUGCUCUUGAAACUUUACAGGGACGUACCUUCAACAAAGCUUACGGGGCAAGAGCUCCUAGUAAAGGUACUUAACGUGCAAGUGCUCUAAUGCAUUUUCAAGGAUUGAUGUUGAAAUUGAAACAUGUGCGACAGUGAUUCAUCCCCCGAGGGGCUACUCCGAUAAACUUCGGUUAGAUGUGUGCCGAUUUAGGACCCUAAAUCCUGACCAUUUUUAAGGAUAAGACAAACGAAAAAUUGAUACUCAACCCAGAAAAUGACACUUUAUUAAAGUGAUUCAUUUGUAGUUUUUAAGUUUGGUGGUGCGUCAGUUCAUAAUUCAUCAUAAGGUUUUAUGCCAAGUUGCCGGUUGGGAUAAGAACUAAUCCUUUGACCAAAGAUUUGUCGACCAAAAAACAUCUCGCCCGCUUGAGGAAAAAAAUUCAGGUUUUAAGGGCGGUUCAUAUGAAUUGCAAACCUAGACAGGGCAAUUCCCUGAAUUCUUACGCCCGCUCCUUUCAUUAUCAAUGGAGUUAAUUCACUCGUCGUGUAAUUCACCAUUUAACUUUCGCAAAGACUUCUAAGAUUGUUGCUAUGGAUAGGAAAAAAUUAGCCAUGGCCAAUAGGAAACUCAACAACAAUCCCAGAAACAAUUGCGGCAUGCAUUUCGGCUCCAGUUCCCUUAACGUUUCUUAAGUAGUGACACUGUUCUCCUCGCAGAUGUAAAGAGAGCUGUUGUCGCCAUAACAGACGGAUUCAGCACACGAGGAUUUGAGUAUACAAAAGAGCUAACAGACCAGCUGAAGCAUAGCAGAGUCAAGUUUUUCUCCGUGGGAACUUCUAAACGAGUGAAUAAACCAGAGUUGGACGAAAUGUCUAGUGGACAAGUAGACAUUCAUAAACUUAUAGUGGGCGUUAAAAAUCGAUCUUUCACUAAAGCUCAAGUGGAGCGCUUAGCUAAAGAUAUUUGUGAAUAA